GCCCUCUCGUUGAUAGAAAUCUCGGUGAUGUCGCUUCGCCUCUAACGAGCUUGACCCAGAACCCAGGGAAGGAGGGGAAAAGAGGGGAGAAAAACACACUAAAAACGGAAUAGUCUGGAAGGGGGACGAGGCAGCCUUUUAACACGCAGUUCAGUCCUUCCUGUUUCUGGGCUUGGUGGUUCUGUGAUCUUCUCCCCCAUGAGCAACUAGAGCUCAACCUCUGACCUAGGCGUGAUCUCUCACCUCUACUACCAAACCACGCCCAAAGGUGAAGUGUGUAUGGAGCAGUGUGAGAGCGCAGCGGCUCUGCUGGAGUCGGUCAGGGAGCAGGAGGUGCAGUUUGAACAGCUGACCCGAGCACUGGAGGAGGAGAGGAGGAGAGUGGGCCUCCCAGCCACCAGCCCCUCGGCCAUGGGUCGCCCCCUCCCUCAUACACAGAACGGGCGUUUAGGGGAUGCAGACAUAGAGCGACUGAAACUCAUUGACACGUACUUAAACGGCACACAGUACAGAAUGGUGGACCCUGCACAUGGUGCUCUAGAUGAGAGCUACACACCCGAGGACGACUCCCAGGAAGUGCACUCUGUGUUUUCUGAAGAAGGGACCGCACGGCGCCAAGACAAUGGCAUGAAGAAACCAAUCUCACGCACAGUCCUGCCCUCUGACUCCAUGUCCAUCGAUGGGGGUUUGACGGUGCCCGGUAUGGGCGGAUACAGCGCCACACUAGACCGUCCUUACAGGCAGCCUGUACCGGGAGACUAUCCCACUGCCACGGUGCCCAGAAACUACCACUAUGGCCCCGUUGGAGGUUAUGAUGAUUACCGUGGAGGUCCACCAUCAGAAGCAUACACUAGCUUGAGCCGGGGUUCACACAUGGACGAACGAUACAGGCCUGCUGAUGGCUACAGGACCCUGGACUCAGGCUACCGGGCUCCAAGCCGCCAGCAGCUGGACCCGUACGCAGCACAGCCCCAGGUGAGCCGAGGGAUGAGGGCACUUGGCUCGGCAAUGGAGAUGCGGUAUGGCCAUGCUCCCUAUGGUCUGGAGGAUGACCAGCGCAGCGUAGGAUAUGAUGAGUAUGGCAUGGGGCCCCAACCCAUGCACCCUGGUGGCUAUGGCACCAUGCCACGCCUGGGGCCCGGCCCCGGGGGUAUGGACAGACGAAGACUCAGGAGCUGUGAAGAUACUUUAGAUGGUGACAUGGGAGGAGUCGACCCUUAUGCCUGGGCGCCCAUGACCAUGGAGAGGGGAAGCAUGGCGUCACUGGACAGCACACUUAGGAAGGCUCCUCCCGGUUCAUGGAGACAACCGGAGCUUCCGGAGGUCAUUGCCAUGUUGAACUACCGCCUGGACCCCGUCAAAACCAACGCUGCUGCCUUCCUGCAGCAUCUCACAUUCAAAAAUGAUAAGGUUAAGUCAGAAGUGCGUCGUCUGAAAGGCAUCCCAGCCCUAGUGUCAUUGCUGGACCACCCCAGCAAGGAUGUGCACCACUCAGCCUGCGGAGCACUGAAGAACAUUUCAUAUGGGCGAGACCAAGACAACAAGAUCGCCAUCAAGAACUGUGAUGGAGUGCCCGCCCUGGUCCGAUUACUGAGGAAAACCCAUGACCAGGACUUGACUGACACGAUUACAGGCACCUUGUGGAACCUCUCAUCCCAUGACGCUGUAAAGAUGGAGAUUGUGGACCACGCCCUGCACGCCCUGGCUGAUGAAGUGGUUGUCCCUCACUCCGGCUGGGAGAGAGGGAGCAACGGAGGAGAAGAGAGCUGCAAACCACGCCAUCUGGAGUGGGAGACCGCCUUGACCAACACUGCUGGCUGCCUUAGGAAUGUGAGUUCAGAACGCAGCGAGGCCAGGCGGAAGCUGAGAGAAUGCACAGGAUUAGUGGAUUCACUCAUGUACGUUGUCCAAUCACAGAUCAACCGCAAAGAUGUGGAUAACAAGUUGGUGGAAAACUGCGUCUGCCUCCUUCGGAAUCUCUCCUAUCACGUUCACCGGGAAGUCCCCGGCUGCGAGCGCUACGCAGAGGCCGUGCCUCUCAACCAGGGACCGGCCCCCGCUAACAAGGGUGGCUGCUUCGGCUCGCGAAAGGGCAAAGAUGAGUGGUUUUCCAAAGGUAAGAAGGAUGGAGAUGAUGGGAGUGGAGAUCAGGUUGACAUUCCAAAGAGGACAACACCUGCCAAAGGUUACGAGCUGUUGUUCCAGCCGGAGGUGGUUCGUGUUUACACAUCACUGCUCAGAGAGAGCAAGAACCCUUCAGUCCUAGAAGCUGCUGCCGGUGCCAUCCAGAACCUGUGUGCUGGCCGAUGGACUUAUGGUCGGUAUAUCCGGGCCACUGUGCGUCUGGAGAAAGGUCUUCCGAUGAUGGCAGAGCUGCUGGCACACGGAAAUGACCGUGUGGUUCGGGCAAUGUCUGGAGCCUUGAGGAACCUCGCCAUUGACAACCGUAACUGCGAACUGCUCGGGUUGCAUGCAGUGCCUCACCUUGUGGCCAACCUGCCUGGAGGCCAGAGUCAGUCUGGGCGCGCUCUGUCGGAGGAGACAGUGGUGUCUGUACUGAGCACGCUUGCUGAAGUGCUGGGUAACAGUCUAGAGGCAUCAAAGACCCUCCGUGCGUCACAGGGCAUUGAGAGGCUUGUGCUCAUUAACAAGGAUGGGAAGCGCUCAGAGCGUGAGGUGCGGGGGGCCGGCCAGGUGCUGCAGCUUGUCUGGGCCCACAAAGAGCUGCGUCGGCCUCUUGAGAAGGACGGCUGGAAGAAGACCGACUUCAUGGUCAACCUCAACCCCACCACCAACGGCCCCAGCACCAGAGCCAACGGCACCUAUGAAGAUAGCACCACACCAUUGUUAGACAGAGGAGAAAAGAGGGAUGUCAUUCCACUAAACGACCUCGGACCUGAGGCCUACUCUACACUGGAUCAGAGGGAGAGGAGACACACUCUGGAUGAAACCACAGACACUUUACCGAAAAACUGAUAGUGUGCAUCACCCAGACUGGGCCGUCCCUGCCCUACCACUGCUACUGAGGAGAGAUGAUCCAGAUGCACAGACUCUCUCCCUCAAAUAACCCCUCCCUCCCCUCCCCUCUCUAUCAACACACAGAUGGGAUCAGAAGAUGAGGGUUGGCAUCCAAAGAAAGUGGCUGUGUUGCAGUCGUUUCAUGCAACACACACACAAAUACAGACACACAUACACACCUACUUUUUACAAAUUCCUUCAACCGUAGCAACAGAAAUAUAUUCAGUUAUUUUAGAUAUAAUUUUCCUGUAAAGGCAAUCACCUUUGUUGACAAUCAUUUAAUUCUGGUGUUGUCACCCCACUUGUUUCUAAUUUUUCUUGCUAAAACAUUUUGGUCAUUUUUCGUCAUGGUCAACAAGUGUUCGCCAACAACCCCAUCCUAACGAUGAAUUUGUACGUAGACUUAAAUGUAGGGUAUAUACUGUAUAUAAAAAGAAAAUGGGAUGACUGCAUUAGUUUUGGCUCAUUAAUUUAAAUCGUCCCUUAACUGGGAUUGUUGGGAGGUUGGGAUGGAGCGAUGGACCGCCCCUGUAGGACGAGAAUGUUUAUAGAGGAGUUAUUUUCCUGUCUAGAGUUAUUUUCUCUCGGUUGGGACGAGCACAGGUGUUAAGAAAGGGCAGGAGUGUGUAUAUUUGUCAUACAGUAAACCUGUGGCUGUGUGUGUGUGUGUGUGUGUGUGUGUGUGUUUGUGUGUGUGUGUGUGUGUGUGUGUGCGCGUGUGAAAAAAAUGAUAUGGACCUUGGGAGUGAGUGAGUGUUCGUGUGUGUGCUGGACCAGACCUAUAAGACCCACGUUGGUAAUUUUAUCUGUUCAUGUCCUUGUUUUUAACUUGUGCUCCUACUCCUGUGACAAAACAUUGUUUUUUUAUUCCUUUUAGUUUUCAUGUACUGACUGCCUCUUAUUAUGUUUUAUACUUUGAACUUGUUCCCCUCUAUGACAGAAAACUACAGCUUCAGCGUCUUUUACUGACCGGAUCACAUUAAAUGGGGUUCUGACUUGUGGAGCUGGAAACCAAAAAACACUAAACCACUACGACAUUUUAACUCCCUGCUUUAGAAAUCAUUCCUGGCUCUACUGUAACAGACUCUAAGCGUUAUUUUUUUAUUUAGACAAAGAAACAAACACUUCAAGAGGCUCUCUUUGCGCUCUGCUUUAAAUUUGAAGUCCUAAAAAAAUCACUACUUGCUGUUUUCUAAUGGCCUUUGAGGUGUGCUGUUUUAUGAAUAAACAUUUUAAAUAUGGGAGACUUUUAUCCUCAGAGCAGACUCGACUUUUCACAAGAUACUGACUUAAUUUAAUCUGGGAGGUGGACAAAGCACACGUUUGUCUCUUACCCAUGUCCUUUCUUACUUUGUUUUUAUUUUUCACUUUGUGUCUGGUUUGUUCCUAUUUUAUUUUGGGGUUUGUAUGCAAGGCGGCAGUGGGUGAGAUCAUUAUGCAAUUUGUUCAACUUUUUUUUAGUCCUAGUUUUACCGUUACAGCUGUUUUUUUAAGGCAAAAGAGACCAACCUUCUUUGUGUUUUUUCUCUCUCUCUUUUUUUUUUACUCUCCACAGUAUAUUUGUAAUGUUGCCUAUCCAUGUAAAAUUAUGAUGUACCAUUCAUACCUGCCUUGGCUCUGAGAAGUUGCAUUUUCAGUGAAGUAUGUAUCUGGUAACACUGUUGUUUUUAUAAAUAAAGAUCUUUUCUUAGACAACA